AUGAAGUUCACAGUCUUGAGGAGCGUUUCAGUGGUUUGGAUCUUUGCAGCUGAAGUUUGUGCUAGCGCAGUGAUUGGGGAAGCCUCUUUUGGGAAUAGUGUUUUAGUUGAAAGGGCAGACGAAGAUGAACACCACCAUCAUGAGCAUGCUGCUGCAAACAGUACCAUUACUGAUUGCCAUAUGCAUGGUGAUACACAGUACUGUAUUGAUUGGGAAGGAAACGAGGGACGUAUUGAACCAAGCCAAGAAAGCCCACAGUCCAACUACACCGGGUGUCACUCGCACGGAACAGAGGUGUAUUGCAUGAAUGGCGAGGAAGAGUUGCAGUUUGUCGUGUUAGAAGAGUCAUCAGAAGCAAACGCCACUGCAUCGCAAUCCAGUUCCGCCUCCCAAUCGAGCGCUAGUUCCCCCGGGUCAAGUUCUACCACUUCAAAUGGAAACAGUGCUACUACUGCAGGGGGCACGACUGUGUGCAUGUUACUCUUUUCAGCGGUUGUUUUAUAUUGCUUGUAG